AUGGCCUCCAGAGAUCUGGCAAUAGGAAUGAUCUUCUUAUCACAGACAAUAGUUGGCAUCCUGGGGAAUUUUUCUCUUCUUUUCCAUUAUGUCUUCCUUUACUUUACUAAAUGCAGGUUAAGGUCCACACGCUUGAUUCUCACACACCUGACUGUGGCCAAUUCCCUGGUCCUUCUCUCUAGAGGAAUCCCCCAGACCAUGGAAGCAUUUGGAUGGAAGGAUUUCCUCAAUGAUUUUGGAUGCAAGCUUGUGUUCUAUGUUCACAGAGUGGGCAGGGGGAUGUCCAUGGGCACCACCUGCCUCUUGAGCAUCUAUCAGGUCAUCAUCAUCAGCCCUGGAAACUCCAGGUGGACAGAGCUGAAGGUGAAAGCUCCCAAGUAUGUUGGCUUCUCCAUACUCCUGUGCUGGACCCUCCACCUGCUGUCAAGUACCAUUUGUAUUGUGUGUGUGAAUGGAAAUGGAGGCAAUCAAAGCAUCGCAAAGAACAGAGAUUUUGUCUACUGUUCUGCUGUAAUCCUCGAUAGUACCAUGAACUCACUGAUUGCAGUCUUGUUAUCCUUCCCUGAUUCUGUGUGUUUGGGGCUCAUGAUCUGGGCCAGCGGCUCCAUGGUUUUCAUCCUGUACAGACACCAACAGAGGGUCCAACACAUUCAUACGUCCAACAUCGCCUUGAGAUCCUCCCCUGAGACCAGAGCCACCCAAGCCAUCCUUGUCUUCCUAAGUGUCUUUGUAUCUCUUUACACCCUCUCCACCACCCUGCAGAUUUGUGUGACUCUUUUUAAGAAUUCAGGUUGGUGGCUGGUGAGCAUCUCUCCACUAUGUGCUGCAUGUUUCCCGACUGUCAGCCCCUUUGUCCUCAUGAGAAAUGAAUUGAGAAAUGCCUCCUGGUGUUCCUUUGCCUGGGUACUGGCUGGGAGACUAUGUGCUGCUCGCAGUGUGGAAAGACCAGUAUCCUUACAGUACUCGGUGGACAGGGCCCUUCGAGGUCCUGUUAACUAUUCAUUCUUCAUGAAAGCUUCACACUAA